AAUUCUGUGCUCCACAGUCCACUGCACAGUUAUGUGAUCCACACUCUUUUCAUUUUUUCUGUGUGGAAAGAUGGAGGGAGUAAAUAACAUCGAGGAUUUCGAGUCACGGCUUCUGGAGCUAGAAAAACGUGUGUAUGGAGAAAGGGGAAGCCGGAACAAACAAGUGAAGUGUGCUGAUUCUCUUGUGAAGAUCCAAACAGCGCUGGGAAGCACUGCCAACAAGAGAGAGCGCAUAAAAAUCCUGCACAAAAAGAUUGAAGACCUGAUGAAGUAUCUUGACCCUAAAUUCACAGAGCACAUUGCUGUUUCUGAUCACAUGAAACUGGAGUUUAUUUUAGCCGAGGACGAGUUCCUGCUAUCUCAGGCUGCGCUGCUGGAACAAGUUAGCAGUCUGCUGCCAGUCCUUGACAGCAGCUACAUCAAAGCUGUUGCUGAGCAUGUAACAAAACUGCAGCACCUGUCACAAAUACACAUAACACAGCAGGACAAAAGUGAGGCGCUGUCAGCCAAGGCCAGCAAACAAUUAGAAGAUUACAACAAGAUGAUGUUAUUGCUCUCCAAGCAAUUUUCCCAUUGGGACGAGACACUUCGACAGCUGGAGGAAGCCAAGCAAGUCAAAGCAGUGGACUAGUGGCGUCGCUGUGUGGCCUCAUUUACCAUUUACCAUUUGCCUCGUACGGCAACAUCACUGCACCGUCUUCAGACGGCCCCUCACUCACCGCAUGGCUGUAUAUGGGACCUAUACUGCUGUUGCCUUUCCCACUCCAAAAAAAAUUAUUUCUCAAAUAUUUUUUUAUAUAUGAAAAUAAAUCACCUGGGGCAGUAAAAUGGUCACACAGUUCAGUGUUGGUCCAUGCGGACAGCUGUCUAUAUCGUCCCAGUUCUGUUCCAAGCAUGAGGACUCAUUUAUGUUAGUAUUGUAACCAAAUUGAAGCAAUGGUUGGGCAUAUGUUGAUUAUAUUACACAAUGAAUGUGUCUGUGUAGAAGUAAGAGAGGUAAAUGGAAGUGAUCUGCUGUGACAUUGGGAUUGGAAGCUGCUUUUUUAUAUUUCCAGAACCUGAAAACAAUAAACUUAAGCUAUUAAAGAUGUCUAACAUCAAAUAAAAGUCUAGUAA